GGAUAUUGAUCGCGUCGUACCGAAGGGGAAGAUGGUUGAGGGAUGGACCGUGUCGUCAUGGAGACAAUGGAGAGAAAUGUGUGAAAUGCAGAAUUGUAUGUUCUUAUAACUGCUCACUUAUUAUCUACUGUUUUCUUUUCUCCCCUCCACAUAUUUUUUUGGAAGUCAAUUAGAAAAGGACAUUUGGUGUUUAAGGAUAGAUAAACCUUUCCAAAUACAGUAAUCAUGGACGCACUGAGGAGACCGAUGAUUGCUGAAGAUUCAGUCCAGUACAGUCUUUUUCUGGUACCGCCCGACCCCUCUGACACCAAGGAUCGAGAGAAAUGUCUGCAACAAUACAUUGAGAGGAUCCUGGCCCAGUUUGCCCCUCUUUUAACACAAUAUAUCUGGCAGAAUCAACCAUUUAGUAUUAAAUACGUGCCAGAGAAAGGUGUCGUGCCAGCCCAUAUCCGAGGCUGCACGAACUUCGGAGACAACGUGGAAGAUGAGUGGUUCAUUGUAUAUCUCAUACAGCAGAUCACAAAGGUGUUUCCAGAGCUGGCGGCUAGGAUUGAAGAUAAUGAUGGGGAAUUCCUUCUGAUCGAAGCAGCGGAGUGUCUUCCCAAAUGGCUGAACCCAGACAGCAGUACGAACAGGGUGUUUUUCUUCCAAGGUGAGUUUCACAUCAUCCCUGUUCCUCGGAACCCUGCAGAAACGCCAUGGUUACCUAAAGGCACACUCGCAAUCCCCCAGGCUGUAAACCUGCUCUCCACACACCCAGAGACCUGCCUGGCAGCUGAGCCCAUCCGCAAAGCAUUGGGCAAACGACUGAAAGGGUACCCCCUGAAGAUCCAGUCUAACCUGCACCGUGCUCACUGCUACAUUCCGGCAGGCAUUGCGGCAACGCUGAAGCUUCGGCCCGACCUCGUCGCCCCCGCUGUGCUCGCUUUCUACCUGCGCGACCCCAUCGACCUGCAAGCCUGCCGAACUUUUUCCACCUUCCCUCCGGAGACACGCGUCAUGGCAUCGGUGACUUUCACCAGAUGCCUCUACGCCCAGCUGCUGCAGCAGAGGUUCUCUGCAGAUCGCCGCAGUGGGUUCACGCUGCCUCCCCGCUCACAUCCCAAGUUCAAAGCACAUGAACUCGGAAUUAAGCUGGCCCAUGGGUUUGAGAUCAUGUGCUCUAAAUGCACAAAACGAUCGUCUGAGCCAGGCACCCCCGUGUGCAAUAAUCCCCUUUGGAAAGGAUUUCUUAACAGCCUCAAGAAAAACGACUAUUUUAAAGGUGAACUUGAGGGGUCUGCCCGCUAUAAAGAACUAUUGAGAAUGGCAGAGAGUUUCUUUCAGCAGUCUGCAGCCAUAACACAAAGUUCCAGUGCUUUAUUGCCUGGGGAGGAGGUUCUGCAGCUGCUGGAGAGCACCCCCUACAGUCUGGAGGAACUGAAAAAGGAGGAGUCAAAUCUGCCAGCUGAGGACAGUGAGCGCUGGCUGGAGAUGACUCCAGAAGAGCUGGAACAGCUGCUAGAGGAGGCGACAGGCCGGGGAAUUCAGAGCGCAGCCCAUGGGGGUGCGGAGGGAGAGGAGAAGGAGGAGGAAGAGGAGGAGGAGAGCUACAGCCUGUCUGCAGUCACGCACAGCAUGAAGGCCUUCAUCAACAAGGUCUCCACACAUGAGGGAGCUGAACUGCCCUGGUCGUCUUCUGGUUCCCAAAUCAAGUUUGAUGUAAACUCUAUGGCCAGUGCUUUUGAAAAAAUACUAGGGGGGCCUUCAAGUGCCCCUGAUGAAGAGCUGGACUCUGAUGACCUUGAGGAUGAUGAUGAUGAUAUAGACUAUGAUGACGAAGAUCUCCUGGGCAGUGAUGAUGAACCAGGGGGUGACAGCAACUCGGGGGCCCUGGGCAACCUAAGAGCCUACAUGGCAGAGAUGGACAGAGAGCUGGCUGGCACUAACAUCGGGAAGAGCUUCAGCACACACAGCAAAGCGGAUGCUGGAGCGGCUGACUUGUCCAGGGGAUCAGGCCAUGAUGACAAGGGCGAUGAAGAUGGGGAUGAUAAUAAUGAAGACCUCCAGGCGGCAGGGGGUGCUGUUCCACUUGACCUGGAUUUCAAUCUGGUUUCAAACCUGCUGGAAUCUUUCAGCUGUCAAGAAGGACUGGCCGGUCCUGCCUCCAACAUCCUCCACAGCAUGGGGGUUCGUCUGCCACACAACACUGACAAGAGCUAGUGUUUCCAUGCCAGAGCCUUUACAUACAUACCUGCCUAGGUUGCACUGUCUGAAACAACUACCUAUUCUGACCAAUCACAAAUGGACAAAUCAGAAGCCCCUGGACAAAGAUGGCUACAGGAAUAUGAGUUCCUGUCUCAUAUUGGUUCAUAUUAGGCUACACCACCUCCUAAUAGUUAUUGGUUAUUUAAUAUUUUUCAAAUCCUGCUGAUGUAUUAAAGACAGUUUGAUAUACGUGGUAAACUAUCAUUGUUUGAAAAAAAUAAAAUGCAUUUAAAAAUUCAAUAAAAAAAUCAAUAUACA